AUCCCUGCCCAGUAACCAGCUCUUCAACUCCCUCCAUGUGGUAUCCCUGCCCAGCAACCAGCUCUUCAACUCCCUCCCCCUCUCCGUGUCUCUGCUCACCAACCUCACUUCCAUUCCCCUUCGCACCCCAUUCUCUUUAUAUUCUUCUGUUUCGGUUCCUACUUCAAUGCUUUUCUCCCCUCUUGCAACCCCCUCCUCUCUCCUUCCACCCUCUCCCCCUCCCCUUGCACUUCCCCCUCCCCUUGCACCUCCCCCUCCCCUUGCACUUCCCCCUCCCCUUGCACUCCCCCCUCCCCUUGCACUUCCCCCUUCCCUUGCACCUCCCCCUCUCCCCCUCCUUAUACAAGAGAGACCUUUCUCGCAACCGCCUCACCUCUGUGAAUGUUCCCCACUCCUUUGCAACCCCCCUCUCCCCCCCUCCCCAUACACCAGAGACCUGUCUCGCAACCGCCUCACCUCCUCUCUCCCAGACGCCUUCGACUCCCUUGCUCCCAGAUGGCCUUUGACUCCCAUUCUUACUUGGUCUAGCCAAUUACAUCCCCUCUGCAACACCCUCCCCCUCCCCUUGCACCCCCCUUCCCUCCAAUACACCAGAGACCUGUCUCGCAAUCGCCUCACCUCCUCCCUCCCAGACGCCUUCGACUCCGUCGCUCCUCUACAGCUGCUGUAA